AUGGACUCGCUGCUUGUGGAGCGAUGGCGGCGGGUCUGCGAGGAGCUGGGAGAUGGAGGGAAGGAGUACUCCGAGAAGCUGAUGGAGGAACUAGAAGAAGAGAGUGCUGAACAGUUUGCGUUUGUCGAGGAGGAGAUCGAAGAGGAGGAGGAGAUGAUAGAAACUGUGGAGAAAUUGAUCGCUGCCGAGACUGAGGUGCUGAAGAGGAAAGAGCAAGAGCUCGCAUGCUUGCAAGCUGUUGGUAGCUUUCAUGCAAAUCAACCAUAUGAACAUGAAAUGGCGCUUCCUCUCCUUGCAGCAGCGAUAGACGCUCUCCAUCUCCCAGACGACAAUGCGCGGAAAGCUUCCCUUGUUGAAACCAAAGCUGCUGUGGUGAUGGAAACAUCGAGCACGGUUGAAAGAAUCAACGCAAUUCUGACAGCACAACGACUUUGCCGAGGAGGAAUGUGGCAGGAUUUCGCAAAGAUGAAUGUGAAAGAUGUCUUGGCAGAAGACCUGAUAAAAAGGCGUUUUUGA